AUGGAGUACAAAUUGUACCAUUACAACCCCUCUCUGGCUGCGGCAGUCAUCUUUGUUAUUCUUUUCGUUUGCAGCACCGGGUUGCAUGCCUUCCAGCUCUUCAGAAAAAAGACUUUCUAUUUCACACCUUUCAUCAUUGGCGGCAUCUUCGAAACCGUUGGCUAUGCCGGACGUGCUAUUUCAGCCCACCAGUCACCCGACUGGACUCUUAUUCCAUACGUCAUGCAAAGCUUGCUGCUUCUCCUGGGACCCACAUUGUACGCUGCAUCGGUAUACAUGGUUCUCGGAAGGAUCAUCCGCUUGACGAAGGGCGAAUCACACUCGAUCAUCAAACCUCAACGGUUGACUAAAUUGUUCGUCCUCGGGGACGUUGUCUCUUUCUUGGCACAAUCUGGAGGCGGAGGCAUGAUGGCGAACGCCAAGACUGCAGCGGACCAGGAAAAGGGCCAGCACAUCAUCACAGUGGGUCUGGUGAUCCAGAUCGUGUUCUUCGGCUUCUUCAUCAUCGUCGCGGGGCUUUUCCACCGCCGCAUCUCGAUGUAUCCCACGUCGCGCUCGAAGGACCCGCUCAUUCCCUGGGAGAGACUGCAGUACGUGUUAUAUGGCGGGAGUUGCAUGAUUAUGGUCCGCUCCAUCUAUCGGUUGAUUGAGUACGUCCAGGGGGACGACGGAGUUCUGAUGAAGACUGAAGUCUACCUCUACGUCUUCGACGCCGCACUCAUGUUCAUUACGUCGCUCUUGUUCAACAUCUUUCACCCCGGCCAAGUCAUCACUCAGGAAGCGUUGGAGAAGGAGGAUUCAUAUAUGCUCGGCACUGUAUCACCGUAG